GAUGAAGCUCACUCUGGCUCAUACCACGGCUCCUACGGCCUCGUACACACGUCUUUCUCACUCUCACACACCGCCGGCACGAACUCCCACUUCACACAUGUCAAGCACAGCCCCAUCAAAGCACAGCCCUGCUCAGAAUAGGCAAGGACCACCACUUGGUGACCCAGGUAGCCUCUGGCUCGCCACUGCACUCGGCUCCUCUCAAUGCGUGUCGGGCACCCCCCACGACAGCACGCCAACGGCAAGCUUUGACGCCCGUCUGGUGGACCUGCUGUGGCAACAGCCGCCCCGCACAUGCAGCUCACACCAUGGCUCGACACCGGGGCCGCUCAUCCCGGUCGUGGCGGCGUGUGUGAAGGAUGCGCGGCCGAGCCGCUGGCUGGCGCCGCUUGAACGUCCGAGAUGGCCGCAGCACAGGCCACGCGUCGCGCCGCCGGCCAAACCCAGCCGGUUGGCGGUCGAGUCGGUCGAGCUGGUGGGGCCGGCGAAGAGUUUUGGGUCGGGGUACACGAACCUGGCCGACGCGGGGCGGCCAAAGUCGAAAACGAGGACUGCCAACGAGCUGAAGCGGCUUUGCCAAGGAGGUCCCGUGAAGGUUCACGGGGGCCGACUACAGUGUACAGCGGGGAGGAGUGGCGGUGCACUUCGCGCGCUGGCGCCUGAUCGGCGCGGCGCAGCGUGAGCGGGCGGACGAGGAGCUGCGGCGCGCGAUGGAGCUGCAGCCGGCGAGCUCGCGGUACCAGCUCGAGUUCGCGCUCAGCCAUCUCACCAAGGAGGCGGUGCACGCGGCGCAGGUGCUGCCGCAGCUCGCGCGCGGCCUCGAGCUCGAGCCGAGGGAGGGGGGCGGACGGGCGGCUCCUGCCGGCAUCCGAGCAUGACCCGCGCGCAGCGGAGUCCAGUCCACUCGCUUUGAACAGUCAUGGAACAGC